AUGUCACAUAUCAUGGGUGCAGUUUCCGCCAUAGUUGUAUUAUUAUGUGUCCUCGGAUUCUUGGUUUUCAGGCAAAGAAGAAGAGACAAGGACAUCGAUGAUGACCCAUUUCUACCUUCCGGUUUAUGUCGUGAGUUUUCAUUGUCGGAGAUCAAAGCCGCCACCAGAAACUUCAAUGAGGGUUCCAUUAUCAGUGUUGGUGGGUUUGGCCGCGUGUACAAAGGGAGCAUCGAUGCUGGAGGCUCUUUAUUUAUAGGCAAGGAGAAAGCUUCACAUGAUGGAGGCUGA